CGGAUUUUGCAGGAAGGCCAUGUGGCACAGGGAGGGUCUCCUUAACCAGCUCUUUCACCCGGGACUUGGUGGCUCCUUCUUGUGCCACUGAGGAACUGGGUGGGUCUGCCGAGGAUUCGCCACGUCGCCGCCUGUGGCCGCCUGUUGUGGUAUGCCUAGGUUUCGCCCCCCGUUGCCACCCGUUGCCGCCUGCGCGGGCAUGCCGAGGAUUCGCCACGGUGCCGCCCGUGGCCACCUGCCGCUGCCUGUGUGGGCAUCCCGAGCAUCUGCCGAGGACUUGCCGCCCGCUGCCGCCUCCGUGGGCCUGCCGAGGACUUGCCACGUUGCCGCCCGUGGCCGCCUGCCGGGGCAUGCCUGGGAUUCGCCACGCCGCCGCCCGCUGCCGCCCGCAGGCCACCCCACGGCUCACACCGCACGGCCUGCACGGCGCACGCCCCACGCCCUCCGGGCCACAGCCUGCGGUGCGGGGCCGCCGGCAGGCGAGGUGAGGCCGAGCGCCCGUGGCACGCUGCCGUGCCCUGGCCGUUCACGGACACCGUGUCGGAGUGCCGCGCGGAUCUCUCGGAAUCGCCCUGGGCCCCCCCGUGGCGGCGCCUCCAGGUGCCGCCCCUGGCCCGCGGGUCCAGCGCGGAUGCAGGAGAUCCGCGCGGAGGUCCACCAGUUUGUCUGAAGUGCAGCAGUGUAUUCCUCUUCGGAAUCUUCUCCGUCCUCCUCCUCUUCGUCUUCUUCUUCUUCUUCCUCCUGACGUCCUCGCCGUCCGCCUCGCUGCGCUCGGAGGAGACCGGGAACGCCACGCGGGCCAAGAUCAUGCUCAAGUACGUGGUGCUCGCGAACAUGCUCGCGCUCUCCUCGAUCAACCCCUUCGACUCGCGGGAGGCGAAGGUUUACCAAGACGACCCCGAGAUCACCGCGAUGGCCAGCCUGCGCACGGCCUACGAGAAUAACGACAUCCAGACCAUCGACCAGCUCCUCACGAAUCCGUCGUACCGGAGGGGAUACUCUCCGACGCCUUCAUCAAGACGCACCUGCAGGACCCCGCCUCGCCCCACCCCACCGCAGGUGCUGCAGAACAUCAUCAAGCCCUACCGCUGCGUCAGCUUGGCGUUCCUCGCCAAGGAGAUCAACGUCGCCGCCGAUGAGGUUGUCUCCCUACUGGUCCAGCUCAUCCUGGACGAGAAGGCCAGAGCCGCCUCGCGCCACGUGCGGCCGGGCCCCUGCGGCGGUCUGGCCCCGGGCGGCGACCGGUCCCCGCAGAGGCGCGGCGACGACGGCGGCGGCGCGGUGGGGGCUCGACGGCCGUCGUCGCGGUGGUCGUCGUUCGAGGUUACCUUUCUUCUCUUACACAGCUGUGUUGCAGGCUCGGAUCUCCUUAUUUUCAUCGUUGUCGUUCGUUCGUUCUUCUUUCGUCCUCCCCCCUUCUCUCCCGGCAACAGAAGGAAACUCCUGGAGUAA